AUGUCGCCCGACCGCCUCCCGCCCGGCAUGCCGACCGACCGCCGGCGCCCGGCAGGCCGCCCGACCGCCCUGCCGCUCCGGCAGGCCGCCCGUAACGCCCGCACUGCCCGGUCAGGCCGCCCGACCGCCCGGCCUCCCUAUUUCCGCACGACGCCCGGCAGCCGCAAGCUCGGCCCGGACCGCCCGCCCUCCCGGCAGGGAGCCGCCGCGCGCCCGCCCGGCAGGCCGCCCGACCGCCCGGCCGGCCCCGGCAGGCCGCCGACCGACCGGCCGCCCGCAGGCCGCCCGACCGCCCGGCGCGCCGAGGCAGGCCGCCCGACCGCCCGGCCCGCCCGGCAGACCGGCCAGAACGCCCGGCCGCCCGCCAGGCCGCACCGACCGCCCGCCUCCUCCGGCGAGGGCCGCCCGCCGACCUCCCGUCCUCGGCAGGCCGCACUGACCGCUCGCCCUGCCCGUCAGGCCGCCGACCCCCCGGCCGCCCGUCAUGCCGCCGACCGCCCGGCCGCCCGGCAGGCCUCCCGACCCCCCGCCCGCCAGGUCAAGGCCCGCCUCGACCGCCAGCCCCGCCCGCAGGCGCCCGACCGCCCGGCCGCCCGGCAUGCCCCCGACCGCCCUGCCGCCCGCAGCCGCCCGGACCGCCAGGCGCCCGGCAUGCAGCCCGACCGCCCGACCUCCCUGCUAGGCCGCCCUACCUCCCUGCCGCCCGGCAGGGCGGCCCCGACCGCCCGGCAGCCCGCAGGCCGCCGACCGCCCGGCCUCCCGGCAGUCCGCGCCGACCGCCCGGCGCCCGCAGGCCGCUCCUGGACCGCACCUGCCGCCCGGCAGGCCGCCUAUGACCGCCCGGCCGCCCGGCAGCCGCCCGACCGCCCGGCCGCCCGGCAGGCCGCCCGACCGCCCGGCCGCCCGGCAUGCCGCCGGACCGCCCGGCCGCCCGGCAGGCCGCCCACCGCCCGCCGCCCGUCAGGCCGCCCGACGCCCCGCCCGCCCCGCCCGGCCGCCCUGCAGGCGCCCGAGCUCCCGGCCGCCCGGCAGGCCGCCCGACCGCCAGCCGUGCCCGCCCUGCCGCCCGACCGCCCGCCGGCACGGCCCGGCGCCUCGACCCUGCCCGCCCGCCCGGGCAGGCCUCUCCGAAACCUGCCCGCCGCCCGGAGGCCCCCGACCGCCCUGCCGCCCGCAGGCCGCCCGACAUCGCUCGGCCGCCGGCAGGCCGCCGACCGCCCGGCUCUAGGGCAUGCCUCCCGACCGUCCCUUCCGCCGUCAUUCCUCCUCCCGCAGUCCGCCUACCCUCGCCCGCCCUUCAGGCCUCCCGACCGCCCGUCCGCUCCGGCAUGCCGCCCGUACCGCCCUUCCGCCCUUGCAGGCCGCCCUCCCUUCAUGCGCCGACCGCUCUCCCUGCCCGGGCAGGUCCGACCACCACGCCCUCCGUCCGCCCGGCCGCCCGACCUCCCGUGCCGCCGUCAGUUCCGCCCUAACCGCCCCCCGCCCUUCAGGCCUCCGACCGCCCGGCCGCCCUUCAGGCCGCCGACCUCCCGGCCUCCGCUGUCAUUCCUCCCUGCCUGCAGGUCCGCCCGACCUCCCGCCCGCCCCUGCCUGCCUUCCGCCCUGCAGGUCCGCCCGACCUCCCGUCCCGCCCCUCAGCCGCCCGUACCUCCCGCCCUCGCCGGCCAGUCCUCCGACCGCCCGGCCGCCCGGCAGGCAGCCCGACGCUCGCCUCCCGGCAGGCCGCCUCCCUCAGUCCGUCCCGACCGCCCUGCGCCCGUCAGUCCCCCCGACCUCCCGUUCCACUUCAGUCCUUCUCGACUCCCCCCGACCCUGAAGCCGACCGACCUCCCCCCCCCGCAGUCCGCCCUACCUCCCGUCCUCCCGUCAUUCCUCCCGUACCUCGCGGCCGCCCGGCAUGCCUCCCGACAUCCACGCCGCCGUCAGGCCGCCCGACCGCCCGGCCGCCCGGGCAGUGCCGCCCUCCCGGCAGUCUCCCGACCGCCCUUCUCCCGUCAGGCCUCCCUGACUCCCGUCCUCCCGGCAGGCCGCCCCGACCUCCCGGCCGCCCGGGCAUGCUCCCUUCAUGCCUCCCGACCGUCCCGCCCGCCCUUGGGCAGUCCCGCCCACCGCCCUUCUCCGUCAUUCCCGCGACCGCCCGUCCGCCCGGCAGUCCGCCCGAACGCCUCGGCUCCCGGCAGUCCCGCCCGACCGCCCGGCAGCCCGGCAUGGACGCCCUACCUCCCGCCGCCCGUACAUUCCGCCCUACCUCCCUCCCCCCGAUCCCCGCCCUCCCGGCAUGCCAGCCCGGACCUCCCUUCUGCCCUCAGUCCUCCCUACCUCCCUGCCGACCGUCAGGCUCCCUACCUCCCCGGCCGCCCGCAGUCCGCCCUACCGUCCCUGCCUCCCGUGCAGUCCUCCAGACCUCCCGCCGCCUCAUUCCGCCCGACCUGCCCGGUCCUCCGUCAUUCCGCCCUACCUCCUUCCUCCUGGCAUUCCUCCACCUUCCGCCUCCCUUCAGGCCGCCCCUACCGCUCUUCCGCCCUCAUGCCGCCCUAA